AUGCUGGGCCAUCAGUUUGCCUUCUCUGCGGCCCCCAUCCGCAAGGUGAAGGAGGUUCAGUUUGGGAUUCUGUCCCCGGAGGAGAUAAAAGCCUAUUCUGUCGCCAAAAUCGAGCAUCCGGAAGUAAUGGAUGAAGCUACUCAUAAACCGAAAAUUGGAGGUCUGAUGGAUCCGCGGAUGGGGACUAUAGAUCGAAAUUUCAAGUGUCAGACGUGCGGAGAAGGUAUGUCUGAAUGCCCAGGUCAUUUCGGUCAUAUAGAGUUGGCAAGACCCGUCUUCCACCCUGGCUUCAUCCUGAAAGUGAAGAAGAUCCUUGAGUGUAUCUGCGUAAAUUGCGGGCGACUAAAGGCUGAUAUCUCGGACCCCAACUUCUCGGACAAGAUCCGCCACAUUCGCGAUCCCAAAUUGCGUAUGGCGGUCGUUUGGAGCCACUGCAAGACGAAGAUGAUUUGUGAACCCGAUGAGCAGAAGGACGAGGCCGAUGGUGCCGAUGCCGAGGAACCCAAGAAGGGGCACGGCGGUUGCGGCCAUACCCAACCCCAGGUGCGGAAAGAAGGUUUGAAGCUGUUCGUGCAAUAUAAGAAGUCGAAGGAAGACGACGAGCCCGACAAACGGCUCAUCACGCCGUCAGAGGUGUAUACGACGUUCAAAAAGAUGACGGACUCGGACCUCCAUAUUAUCGGGCUAUCCGAGGAGUAUGCUCGGCCGGAAUGGAUGAUCUUGACCGUCAUGCCUGUUCCUCCGCCGCCUGUGAGGCCAAGUAUUGCUGUAGACGGGGGCGCCAUGCGAAGCGAGGACGAUCUGACAUACAAGCUCGGGGACAUCAUCAAAGCCUCGGCCAACGUGCGUAGAUGUGAACAGGAGGGUGCUCCAGCCCACGUUAUCUCCGAGUUUGAGCAGUUGCUCCAGUUCCACGUCGCUACCUACAUGGAUAAUGACAUCGCUGGGAUACCCCAGGCGCUCCAGAAGUCGGGUCGACCUGUCAAGGCGAUUCGUGCUCGUCUAAAGGGCAAGGAAGGAAGGCUACGUGGGAAUCUGAUGGGUAAACGUGUUGAUUUCUCGGCGCGUACCGUCAUCACAGGUGACCCAAAUCUGGAGCUGGACGAAGUAGGCGUACCGAAGUCGAUAGCCAUGAACUUGACCUUCCCAGAACGAGUCACACCGUACAACAUCUCCUAUCUACAGGAACUUGUUCGUAACGGUCCGACAACGUACCCUGGUGCUCGGUAUGUCGUCAGAGAUACGGGCGAGCGUAUUGAUCUGCGGUAUAACAAGCGGGCGGAUGCUUUCCUUCAAUAUGGCUGGAUCGUUGAGAGGCAUCUAAAGGAUGGCGACUACGUUCUUUUCAAUCGACAGCCUAGUCUUCACAAGAUGAGUAUGAUGAGUCAUCGGGUGAAGCUCAUGCCCUACUCGACGUUUCGCCUGAAUCUUUCCGUUACGCCGCCUUACAAUGCCGAUUUCGACGGUGACGAGAUGAACAUGCAUAUACCACAGAGUGAGGAGACGCGCGCGGAACUGAGUCAGAUAGCUUGGGUACCACGGCAGAUCGUAUCCCCCCAAGCGAACAAGCCAGUCAUGGGAAUCGUGCAAGAUACCCUUUGCGGUAUACGCAAACUCACGCUGCGAGAUACGUUCAUGGACUGGAAUGCCGUCCAGAACAUCCUCUUGUGGGUUCCUGAUUGGGAUGGCAUAGUGCCGAUCCCAGCCAUCAUCAAACCCAAACCGAUGUGGACGGGUAAGCAGAUCCUCAGUUUGGCCAUACCUCGGGGAAUCAAUAUCUUCCGUGCGGCGGAACCUAAAUCGUCGAACCCCGUUUUUGACGACGGCAUGUGCAUCGAGAACGGAGAGAUCAUCUGGGGGAUAGUCGAGAAGAAGACCGUUGGUGCCUCUCAAGGCGGUCUCGUUCACGUCGUCUUCCGCGAGAAAGGUCCUGAGGGCGCGCGCGCGCUGUUCUCUGGAUUGCAGAAGGUCGUGAAUUACUGGCUUUUCCAUAACGGGUUCAGCAUUGGCAUUGGGGACACGAUCGCAGACGCCAAGACGAUGGCGUUCAUCACGCAAACUAUCGCCAGCCACAAGGCCGAAGUCGCAGCCAUCACCGAGCGAGCGACUAUCGACGAGCUCAAGGCCGCCCCCGGUAUGACGAUCCGUGAAUCCUUCGAAAGCCAAGUCGAGCGGCAACUCAAUUUGGCCCGUGAUACGUCUGGUCAGUACGCGCAAAAGAAUCUGAAGGAGGACAACAAUGUCAAGCAGAUGGUGGUUGCCGGUUCGAAGGGUUCCUUCAUCAACAUCUCCCAGAUGUCGGUUUGCGUGGGGCAACAGAGUGUGGAGGGGCGACGUAUACCGUUCGGCUUCCGUCAUCGAACGCUUCCUCACUUCACGAAGGACGAUUUCAGUCCUGAGGCAAGAGGCUUCGUCGAGAACUCGUACCUUCGGGGGCUAACGCCCCAGGAGUUCUUCUUCCACGCCAUGGCAGGUCGUGAGGGUCUCAUCGAUACCGCUGUCAAGACUGCCGAAACGGGUUACAUCCAGCGUCGUCUCGUAAAGGCCUUGGAGGAUGUUCAGGUCUGCUACGACGGGACCGUCAGGAACUCCCUCGGCGAUCUUAUCCAGUUCGUCUAUGGCGAGGAUGGUAUGGAUGGCGCCUUCAUCGAAAAGCAGAACAUCGCGACCUUCGGUGUCAACCAUGCUCAAUUCAAGCAUAACUAUCACGUCGACGUCGUUGAUCCCGCUGGAGGUUUCUUGCCAGGCGUCCUGCAGGUUGGAGUCGACGACUCCUCCCCAGAGCUGCAGGCGAAGCUAGACGAGGAGUUCGCCCAACUCUGUGAAGACAGGAAACUCUUGCGCGAAUUCGUUUUCCCUCGAGCAGUUCCUGGCUCGGCCCACUACCUUCCUGUCAAUCUGAAUCGAAUCGUGCAGAAUGCCUGCCAGAUCUUCCACAUUGACCGACGGAAACCGAGCGAUCUCGAACCAGCCUACGUCGUCGAUGCCGUAAGAGACCUCGUGAAGCGCCUCAUCGUCGUUCGUGGCGACGACGCCUUGAGUCGCGAGGCGCAGACCAACGCCACCCUCAACUUCAGCAUGCAUCUUCGCGCUACGUUCGCAUCUCGGAAGGUCCUCGAACAGCAUCAUCUAACCAGGGAAGCGUUCGACUGGGUUCUCGGCGAAGUCGAGGCGAAGUUCAACCAGUCCAUUGCGAAUCCCGGUGAGAUGUGUGGCACGCUUGCUGCCCAGUCUAUCGGUGAACCAGCCACUCAAAUGACCCUCAAUACCUUCCAUUAUGCCGGUGUAUCGAGUAAAAACGUCACCCUCGGUGUACCGCGUCUGAAGGAAAUCAUCAACGUCGCUAAUAACAUCAAGACCCCUUCACUGUCGGUGUACUUGGAGCCUGAAAUCUCAAAGAAUCAAUACCUCGCGAAGAAUGUCCAACAGGAGCUCGCUUACACGACUCUUCGUACUGUCACGGCCGCUGUCGAAAUUUGGUACGAUCCUGACCCUUCCUCUACCAUCAUCGAAGACGACGCAGUGUUCGUCGAAUCUUUCUUCGCAAUCCCCGACGAGGAAAUAUCCAGCAAAUUGCAUCUCCAAUCACCUUGGCUCCUGCGUUUAGAGCUUGAUCGAGUCAAGAUGAUUGAUCGCAAGCUUACUAUGGCCUACGUCGCCGGGCGUAUCUCCGAGUGUUUCAAAAACGACAUCUUCGUAAUCUGGAGUGAGGAUAACGCGGAGAAGCUCAUUGUUCGUUGCCGAGUACUCAGUACGCACGACAAGGAGGAUGUCAGCGAGGUCGAGGAGGAUGUUUUCUUGCGACAGCUAGAGAACACUAUGCUCAGCUCCGUCAGCUUGCGCGGCGUGGAGAACAUCAACCGUGUCUUCUUGAUGGAACACGACAAGGUUACGACCGCUGAGGACGGCAGCAUCCAGGCCAAUCAGGAGAAAGAGUGGGUUUUGGAGACGGACGGGGCCAAUCUCAAGGCAGUCAUGUGCAUCGAUGGCGUCGAUUUCGCGCGGACCUAUUCAAAUAACUGCGUCGAGGUUUUCAACGUGUUGGGGAUUGAAGCUGCGCGCGGCGCUAUCAUGAAGGAACUGCGAAACGUCAUCGAGUUCGAUGGAUCAUACGUCAAUUAUCGCCAUCUUGCCCUCCUUUGUGAUCUCAUGACGCAUCGAGGAACUCUUAUGGCCAUCACCCGCCACGGCAUCAAUCGGGCAGAUACUGGCGCUCUGAUGCGAUGCUCGUUCGAAGAAACGGUGGAGAUUCUGAUGGAGGCCGCUGCAGUAGGCGAAAAGGACGAUUGCCACGGAAUCGCGGAGAACGUCAUGUUCGGACAGAUGGCCCCCAUGGGUACUGGCUCGUUCGACGUCGCCCUCGACAUCGACAUGCUCAAGGAUGCCAUCGUGGAUCAUCGCUUACCUGUACAGUCUUUGCUUGCUGCCCAAGCUGACGGUGGCAUGACUCCUGGUCAGGUCGCGAUGACACCUUACGACACCAAUUCGCCUACAUGGCAGGACGGCAUCUUCAAGGCUGAGCAAGCCGCGUUCUCUCCUCUCGCCGUUAACGGUAUUGAAGACGCUGCCAACAUCCAGUACAUGCCCUUCGGCCAAAGCCCCCUAGGCGCAGGCAGCAUGUCACCUGGCGGCCCUAUGUACAGCCCUAGUUCGCCAAACGCGUACUCUCCGACCUCACCCAGCUUCGUACCACAAUCUCCCUUCGUUGGCGCUACAUCGCCGUUCGAUAUAUCUCCGUACAAUACCUCGCCCUUCUACGAUCGCAGUCGUGGGGCAACUUCUCCUACGUAUUCACCCACCUCGCCCGCCCUCAAUCUCACGUCUCCGAGCUACUCACCUACAAGCCCGCGACAAUCAUAUUCCCCGACCUCGCCACGCUAUAGUCCGCAAUCCCCUUCAUUCAGCCCAACAUCACCUCGAUACUCACCUACCAGUCCGUCGUUUAGUCCAGCUUCGCCGAGAUACUCUCCGACGCCAAAUAUGUCGCCGUCCUCUCCGAAAUACUCCCCUACCUCGCCAGCCUCGCCUUCUUCCCCUAAAUACUCUCCCACUUCCCCUGCCUACUCACCAGCUUCCCCUGCUUCUCCCGCAUAUAGCCCCACGUCGCCGUCCUGGUCGCCGUCCAGCCCGGGGCACAACCAGCAGCAGAAUGGCAAUACACGCAAACCCGCAUACUCUUCUUCGCCAUCAUGGGAUUAA